CGCCACGGUCCUCUUCCUCCUCCCGCCCUCGCUACACCCUCGCAUCCCAACAUGAAACUCCUGGUGUUACUGCUGGCCACGGCCUGCUACGGUAGUACGGUGUAUGUGUUGCCGGCGUUGCCUUACUCUACCGUCGGUACCAGCCCAAUCAUCCUCCACGCCCUGUCCCAGAGCCCAGCCGUAACCCGUAUCAGGAAACCAGGCAUCACCUUCAGGGCCCCAACCCCUGUACAAUACUUUGCACCCAUCCACGUCGCUGCACCAGUCCAGUAUGCUGCACCAGCGCCUGUUGCCACUCAAGUCCAGACGUUCCAGGUAGCUGCACCAGGCCAGUAUGCUGCACCAGCGCCUGCUGCCACUCAAGUCCAGACGUUCCAGGUGGCUACACCAGGCCAGUAUGCUGCCCCAACUCCUGUAGUGGUGGCUGCAGCCCCUGAACCCCUGCUGGCCCCUGAUCCCCCUCUGCCCUCAGUGGGCGAGCCCUUCGUCGGAGGUCAGUUCCACGCCCAGGACGAAGCUGGACAGUACUCCUUCGCUCACUGGGGCGGCCCCAACACCAGGGUGGAGACCCGGGACUUCCUGGGACGCACAUCCGGCAGCUUCGCCUACGUCAACCCCGACGGAGACGUCGAAGUGAGGAAAUACGGUGCUUCACCAGCCACGGGAUUUAGAGUAGCAGCUUCAGACUUGCCCGUGGACACCCGCAAAGUGAGCUAAGCUAAUCCAACUUCGACCUCCCAAGGACACUACCCAGCAACAAACCCUCUGAUGUGGCGUCUCCAAAUUUCGAACAAAUGAAUCAUAUCACAAAAUAAGAAGUGAAAUAAUUUUUAAGCCAUGUGAUCUACACAUCCGACGAGAUCUUGUUCAACUUUGUGAACAGAAAUAUCUAUACUCUAUGGCCAAUGGGACACGUCUACUCCAUAAGUUCUCAAGGUAACGGCUAAGAUCGUACGUUUCAUUUUUGUAAAGACAAAUAAAAAGGAAAACCAUGUAAAAUUGGAUGUUAAAAUGUCAUUGCGUUUGAAUAGAAAAUUCAUGUGUUACA